AUGGAUCACUAUACGCCUGCACCACGUUUUCACGAUUUUGACGGCCUGACAUGGCACGAGUGGAAAGAAAAAUGCCAACCACAAUGGGUUGCCUUCCAGGAUUCAGUCAACGACAGCAACCGCAACCAAAUCCGUCGGCUGGCCAUGAGCCACUGGCACACAUUCAAGGAUUAUGAAUGGGUCGAAAAGAACCUCCCAAAACUGACAGAGCUUGACUUAAGCGACUUGCAAGAUACUAUCAUCUACGACGACGAUUUCGCUCAUAACAUCCAGGGCAAGCAAUCAUCAAUCUUAAAUGACUUUGAGGCAUAUGAGCAGUUGUGCAACCACAAGACACUGCUAGAUCGUCUCGAAAAGCUCUGGGUUAGGCACUGGGGCUGCAACGCACUGCACGACUGGAAACACAGGCAUGUCGAAUCGGGCAGCGGAUCUGGAUACGACAGGCGUGACAACAUGGAAAUCCAUAGCCGUCGCAAGACAACAUCUGGACAGACUUCCUUAGACGUCACGUCGGUGAUCACCGAGUGUAAGCAGCUCCGGACACUUGCCAUCAGAGGUCCCUCUCUCAAUCCGGCACUGAGCCAACUGUGGCGCCCGCGUCAAGCGUGCUCCAAAGACGAGGGCUCGCAUGCACACUUCUGCACUAUCGUCAAGGGACUCGAGGACAAUGCCCCGGACUCUCUGCGGGCGAUCGAAUUCUACCAGGCCGAGUUCGCACCACGCAUCGUCAAGAUGUUGCGAGAACGGACAAACAUCAGCAGGGUCUCCAUAUCUUUUGGAGACAUUCUUCGUCGAUUUGCGCCAGCGCGGGAAGCCGACGUUGAGAACACAAAGUUUACCAUGGCGGGAGAGACGAGCAUCCACGCUUUCUCUAUAUAUGACGAGCACUCGUGCAAGUACGAGACAUCAGUAGGAAAAUUUGAGAAAAAGCAGCUUCACGAAUCACUCAAUGUAGAGAUCUUUCCGCCUCAGAAAUCAUCUCAGCGCCUACGGGACAGAGAAACCAGGGAUUUUCUGCGUCAGUGGGCAAAUAGCCCACAACGAACAAAAGGGCAGUCGGAGCCUAGCUAUAUUUUGAGCGAGAAAGACUCCCUACUGGUGGAAUACCUGGUGACCAACAGACACGAGAGUCCAGUCCCUGGGUUAAACUACUUCCUGGUUCAGUUAGCUGACGCUUUCAAUCACUGCGACAAACUCUCUUGCAACGAUCAAGAAGUCAUCAACGAGAUCCCAGUCAGUCCAUUCUCCUUCAUUUCUCCGAGCCCACAUCAUUGCCACGAGCCACCGUCAUCCUCUGGCAUCUUCGUAGACGACCCAACCGGCGAGUCGAUGCAGGCGUUCUGCCUCCUCCACCAACGCUUCGGCUGGGCACCGCUCUGGGACAUUGACCCGCUAGUAGACGCCCGCAACUUUCCGUGGAACGUAGGCAUCGAGUUGCCCGAGGCUGAAUCCGACGAAGAGAGGAGGAGAACGCGGAUAAACACCGACCUCAUCGCCCCCAUUUUCAGCGCUUUCUGCACCCUUCGCUACGUCAGCAUCCCCGUCCGCCUCCUCAUCGGCAACCGGCCCCGCUCCUCCCACACGGGACUGUACUGGGGUGAUGCCACCGCCGGGCAUCCCGCCGACCAUGACGACGACUACACGCCGUGGCUCACACUUCCCGUCGAGGCCGGCAACGACUUCUCACACGACGACGAUAACUACGACCCCUGGGACCCUUCUUCUUAUGUGGCGGCCGAGUCUUUGCCGAAGCGGGAGCAAGAGCUCGCGUUCCUCGCCGCCAGCGCCCGCGUCGGCGCCGCCACGCCCUUCACGGGACAGGCCAGCAUCGCCGCGUGCGCGGACGAGCUGGUGAUCCGGUAUCCAGACUGGAUGGGGCAGCUACUCAUACCCCGUAACACAGCCGACGACGGAGCGGAAGGUGGCCAAGAAGAAAAGGAGGAGGAGGAUGACGAAGAGGGGCUCCGCUUCGGCCGGGCGCUGCUGAAGCGCGAGGCGCGCGGGUGGCAGGCGUGGUGGCGCGACACGGCGCUGCGGUUCACGCGGCUGCGGCGGCUGCGCAUCCGCAUGCCGCGCUACUUUGACGAGUUCUCGAGCGCGGCGCUGGCGGUGCUGCUGCAGCAGACGAAGAGCGACGGCGGUGGUUGGAGGGGGAGGUGGAGGGUUGCGUUCGAUGGUGACCCGUCGAUGAGGGCUAAGCAAGGGGGGGACGUGAUGAUGGAGUUCGUGGUGAGGGAGUGGGUGAAGAAGGGCGGGAAGAAGGUGAUGCAGUUUUCGGAGCGGGAGGUGGCCGGGAGCGAGCAGUUGGUCGUGGCGGACGAUUUGGAUGUGCCGCGAUGGUUCAGGGAGAUGAGGGAGGGGCAGCGGAGGAGGGCGUGGACGGAGUUUGUGGAGAUGAUGCGGGAGUUGGGGGUGCUGGAUUCAACGACGACUACAGGAGAGGAGGAUGCACUGAUCGAAGCGACUCCGGAUGAGGAGUGGGACCGGCUUGCGAGCGAGUCCUUUGUGAGCACUCCUGACCUGCGGAUGCCGGAAACGCCGCCUCGUACACCUACACCCGCCUCUCUGCCUGUUGAGUCAAUCACACCGGCGCAGACCGCGCCGCCUCCGCAAGAGAAGUCCGACCCUUCACCUGCGUCAGUAAGUGUACAGCAGAGCGGAGAUGUGGUGAAGCUAGAAUCAUCGUCCAAGCCCAAGAAAUCUGGAAAGGGCAAGGCUACACCAGCAAAGCAAUCGAGUGCUAGUAAGAAGCGCACAAGAUCGAGCAAAAGGGAUGGGGACGAGGCAGGCGAAUCGUCGCCUCUGCCGCCGCCCAAGAAGGCCAAGAGCGGGAAAAAGUCGAGGUGGGAAAGAGAGUUGGAGUUGCUGCAAAGUUGA